AAACACUAUAUUGACGCUGAUUACCCCAAACAAGGAAAACUCUUGCAGGAAGUGUCGACUGUCAAUGGACUUGAACACAACAUCUUCCAUUGUAAAGAAACUUCAUCUGCUGAAUGAAAGAUCUACAACACGAGACAACACUGUGAAUUCAUCAUAAACAAGCUGUGUACAGUACUAUUUGAUGGUAUCAUUGGCUAAACUUACUAUUUUGAAACUUGAAAGGACUAGUAUCAAGAAGAAAAGAGUUUCUGGUGUGAAUCUUAAGUUAGCACAGGAGAAUUUCCACACAAUGACGAUAUUUCAUUUCUGAAAGGAGUCAAGAAUGAUUGUCAUUGAUAAAUUGAAACAUUCCUAAGAGGAUAGAAAAAAGACAAAAUGUUUUUCACCCUCAAAGAAAUUGUAAAAUGGCUGGGAAUAACUUCGUUCGAGAUCUGGAUGCACGUAGUAUCUGUGGCGGUGUUCUCUGUGCUGUCAGUGCUGAAGUACGAAGACAUGGUGGACAUGACAUGGUGGGAGGCGUUCACUCCACUUUUUAUUUGUGACGGAUUGUGCGCCUACUUUUGUAUUAUAGUUUUUAUAAGAAUGUAUAGAGACUUUGGAAACCUAAGACCAGCUAUAGUGCGUCUUCUGUCUUCACUUCUAUAUGUGACACUUCUGUUUGUUUUUAAAAUUCUAUUGAGUCAGAAACUAAGCAGAGUUAAAAUCAUCUCAAAUUCAGAAGUAAUGGCACCACUUUUCAUAUUACUUCAAAUCGUCAUGAUAAGAGCAUGCCAAGUGCAUUAAAACAUGUAUAUGUAAAUAAAAGAUUA